UAUGGCGGAAAAGACGAGAUGAACUUUUUUAUAAAAUAAGAAUGCUUCAAUUUUCAUGCUUGCUUUUCGGUUGUUUUUGAACGACAUUUGAUUUACCAGUAGCUCAAUUUUAUUUAUUUGUAGUGUGUUAUAGCAAAUAGUAAAAAAUGGCUCGAAAUGCAGAAAAAGCAAUGGCAAUGAUGUCCAGAUGGACUGCCAUGCAGAAAGAGGAGGGUAAAGUUAAGGAGAGAAGGCCAUAUCUUGCAACAGAGUGUUCAGACCUGCCGAAGGCAGAAAAGUGGAGGCGACAGAUCAUUGGAGAAGUAUCGAAAAAAGUUGCUCAGAUUCAAAAUGCCGGGCUAGGGGAGUUUCGAAUCAGGGAUUUGAAUGAUGAGAUUAACAAACUCUUACGUGAAAAACGACAUUGGGAAGACAGAAUAUUGGAGCUUGGAGGACCAGAAUACAGGAGGAUAGGUCCUAAGAUGCUCGACCAUGAGGGUAAAGAGGUUCCUGGCAAUAGAGGAUACAAAUAUUUUGGUGCGGCAAAAGAGUUACCUGGUGUUCGAGAGCUUUUUGAACAAGAACCGCCAGCGCCUCCAAGGAAGACUCGAGGUGAACUGAUGAAGAAGAUUGAUGCUGAUUAUUACGGAUAUCGAGAUGAGGAUGAUGGUGUUCUAGUUCCUCUUGAGAAAGAAGCUCAGAAAGAAGCUUUAGCAAGAGCUUUAGAAGAUUACGAGAAACGCAAGGCAGCUGGCGAAAUUCCUGAAGUUGAAGAGGAGGAUAUUUAUGCUGCAGCGGCAGAAACAGCUGACAGCGAUGACGAGGGUGAUAACGAGGGGCAGGAUGAGGUUACCUUCGUUUCACACGUCCCAGUGCCAUCACAAGAGGAGGUUGAGGCACUGUUGGUUCAAAGAAAGAAAAUGGAGCUUCUUGAGAAAUAUGCAAGUGAAACUUUAAUGCAACAAAGUCAGGAUGCUAAAACUCUGUUGGGGAUACAAUAGGAUGUAUGUAUGUAUCCAUAUGGGUUCAUAUGUAUGUCUAGGGAUGUCUUAGGACCUUUAUAUCCAAAUGAACAUUUUCACCCAGCCACAUACAAAUGGAUCCAUCUCAUUUUGUUGUUUGAGCACUGAACUGGUAACUGUGUGCCAGAGAUGUACAUAAAAGUUCUGGGACGUCGAAACUCUAAACCACUAGCUAUCACAGCCCUCACAAUGAAUAUUCAUAAGACACUAUUGUUAACUUUUGAUAAUCAACAUUUGAUAAUGAAAUGCUGCGAAUAAAUAUGGAAUA